AGUCGAAACAACGCAACCUACUGGUUGGAGACAUAUUUCCAACCGAGUUCGACCUCAUUGCUGUAAAACGACAGGGUCAAUGUGGUCCCAUGACCACGGAGACAAAUAUAUUUUAUUUGUUGAUAUUAAAAUAUUAAUUCUGGAAGAAAGAAGUCAACGCUCACUCUGCUUUUCCAAAGGUGUGGAACGUAAGGAUCUGAUUUCUCUGGGGUGGCCAGCUUGCUAGCAGGCUGCGGUUCGCCAUAGUUGUUGUUUACUUGAUGUAGGCUGGAAGAUAUCAGAGAUGUGGGCCUUUUUCGCUCGGGAUCCAGUCAAAGACUUUAAUUAUGACAUUUUACCGGAAACCCAAGAAACGUCCGGAAUAUGGACACUACAUCGGGGCAAACGAAAGACAGGUGGGGAGCCAGUAUCAGUGUUUGUGUACGAUGUGUCAACAGGGACAGAGGAACAGACCCAGCUAGCAAAGGCAGCGUUCAAACGCAUGAAGACCCUUCGACAUCCCAACAUCCUGGCCUACGUAGAUGGAUUGGAGACAGAGAAGAGCCUGUACCUGGUCACAGAGCAGGUCACCCCCCUGGCAGCCCACCUGAAGGCCCAAUCAGACCGGGGGGGCUCUGGGGAUCUGGAGAUGUCCUGGGGCCUUCAUCAGAUUGUGAAAGCCCUUAGUUUCCUGGUGAAUGACUGCCACCUCCUUCACAAUAACCUGGGUAUCUGGUCUGUGUUUGUGGACCGAGCCGGAGAAUGGAAGCUUGGCGGUCUGGACCACAUGACCCCAGAGAACGAGGACGCCUCCACAUCACUACCCUCUGCUAAAGCUGUUCACUCUGACAUGGACAAAUACGACCCCCCUGAGUCACCAAACGGUGGAGAGAAAUGGGCUGGGGAUGUAUGGCGGCUGGGCUGUCUGAUCUGGGAAGUGUUCAAUGGUCCACUGCCCCGAACCUCCUCCCUACGCUCCCUCGGAAAGAUCCCUAAAGCAUUGGUGCCACACUACUGUGAGUUGGUAGGGGCCAACGCUAGGGCCCGGCCAAACCCAGCUCGCUUCCUCCAGAACUGCAGAGCUCCUGGAGGAUUCCUUAGCAACAGCUUUGUGGAGAGCAACCUUUUCCUUGAGGAGAUCCAGAUCAAAGACCCAGCAGAGAAGCAUCAGUUUUUUCAGGACCUGAGUGAGAACCUGGACUCAUUCCCAGAGGACUUCUGUAAGCACAAGGUGCUGCCACAGCUACUCACUGCCUUUGAGUUUGGCAAUGCUGGUGCUGUCGUCCUCACACCUCUGUUUAAGGUAGGUAAAUUCCUGUCUGCGGAGGAGUACCAGCAGAAGAUCAUUCCUGUCAUUGUAAAGAUGUUCUCCUCUACAGACCGGGCCAUGAGGAUACGACUGCUUCAACAGAUGGAGCAGUUUAUUCAGUAUCUAAAUGAUGCAGCGGUGAACUCGCAGAUCUUCCCUCAUGUUGUUCACGGUUUCACAGACACAAACCCAGCCAUCAGAGAACAGACUGUCAAGUCCAUGCUGCUGCUGGCCCCCAAGCUGAAUGAGAGUAAUGUGAAUCAGGAGCUGAUGAGGCACUUUGCACGACUGCAGGCGAGAGACGAGCAGGGACCAAUCCGCUGCAACACCACCGUGUGCCUGGGAAAGAUCGCCCCCUACCUCAACGCUGGGACGCGGCAGCGAGUGUUGAUCUCUGCGUUCUCUCGGGCCACUAAGGACCCGUUUCCCGCUUCUCGGGCGGCCGGGGUUCUGGGCUUCGCAGCAACGCACAACUACUACAGUGUGACGGAGAGCGCAGCACGAGUACUGCCAACGCUCUGUACCCUCACUGUUGACCCUGACAAGAAUGUUAGAGAUCAGGCGUUUAAAGCCAUCAAGAGUUUCCUGACAAAGCUGGAGACUGUUUCUGAAGAUCCAACCAAGCUGGCUGAAAUAGAAAAGGAUGUGAUGUCAUCAGCCCAGCCGGCGGGGGCAGCAGCCAGUUGGGCAGGCUGGGCAGUGACGGGGGUGUCCUCUCUGACCUCCAAGCUCAUCCGAACCGGCCCGGGGGCAGAGGUGGGCGGCCCGGCCGACAACACCCCUGUUGCUGCUGGUACUGCCUCUCCUCGCACAGGGAACCCUGUGACAGAUGGGGUACCCGUGGGCUCUGAAGUUAAACCACCACCGGCCUCCAUGACUCUACCCUUUGCUUCUGGCCUUGCUAUCCAAUCAGACUCCCUUAAGGUGACAGAGAAGGACGAGGAGCCAAUUGGAGACCGUUGGGAUGACGAGGACUGGGGAACUUUAGAGGACGCAGAGAAGGUACAGGCAGCUGACCCAGAUGACUGGAACUCCUCUGAUUGGUCAGGAAUGUCAUCAGUCAAAAAGGCCAGUGUCAGAGGAGUGUCUCUAGCCUCCUCUGAGGCAGUAAAAAAGCAGAGCUCUGAUUGGAGCAGCUCGGGUUGGGAUGCCGACGACAGCUGGUCCAAUGAGAAGGAGGCUGACAUCCAGGGUCAGAGUUCACCAGGAGAGGAUGGGUGGGGCAAUGACUGGGAGGAGGAGGGUAGGACUGCGCCGGCCACUAAGAGUGCUGCUUUGCCGGAGGGGGUUCGGUUAGCCAGCGAGUAUGACUGGGACAUUAAGGGAGACACGCAGACUGACUUCCUCGCCAAUGUGUCUCAGAGAGCAACGCCUACCCCCACUGCUAUGGUUGGUGAUGGCUGGAGUGCAGAGCCUGCUGGAGACUGGGGAGCCGAGGAGAGCUGGCAGUCUGUGGGCGGAAGUCCAGCAGGCCUAACCAAGGCAGAGCUGGCCAAGAAGAAGCGUGAGGAGAGGAGGAAAGAACUGGAGGCCAAACGGGCAGAACGCAAGGCAGCUAAGGGUCCUCUCAAACUGGGCGCUCGGAAACUGGACUGACUGGAAAGAAAAGCAGACCGUGUGCUGUGAUAACUUUUCCCUGACUCCCACAGAGAGGGUGGACUGUAUGGAAGGAUCAACAGUCCAUAAUCAAAAUAACAAGAGAAACUGUGAACUGGACGACGGUGCAAGCUGCUUAUUGUUUGAGAAAGGGAUAAGAGACAGGACUCAUCCAGACUAUUCUGGGGUUUAAACAUUACAUCACACAUUUAAUUUGUAAAGAAGUGUAUUUGUCUGAAAAGGACUGUGACAAAAGAAAUCUGAACAUGUUUUUAUAAAUAAAUGAUAUCAAUGUU